AUGUCACCAGACACAAAAUUUUUAUUGGCUGAGGUUCACACUAGUUUUGCAUUAAUGAAAGGUAUAUAUCAAUAAGUUAGAAAAUGUAGAAGCAAAGAGAGUUAGAUUAUCAAGAAACUGUCAACCUUUCAAAUAAAUAACACAUCUCUGA